AACCCUCAGUUGAUAUUUUUUUGACACGCCUUGGGAUACCUUUCCGAUUUUAUUUACGAAAAAUCAUAUAAUUUUGUGUGUUAUUCGACAAAAACUUUGUGAAAUAUUGUUUAUUACGAACUGUUAAAUAUCCGUGUUAGUGUUUUGUGUGCAUAAAACAGCGAUAACGUUGCUAAAAAUCAGCCAUGGCGACGAUGACGGACCAGUACGGCACCACGGGGACUCUGACCCUGAAGUGGGACCCCCGCAACCUGGAGAUACGGACCAUGUCGGUGGAGAGGACGCUGGAACCUCUCGUCCUGCAGGUCACUACGUUGGUCAACAGCAAGGAUCGGGAUGCUAAGAAGAAGAGGCCCGGUAAAUCCAAGCGUGCGAGCGCGCUGGUGGCGACGGUGGAGCGGGCGACGGAGAUCUUCAUCGAGCGGGGACAGACCAUCGCGUACGAGAACCCGGAGAUCACGCAGCAGAUGCUGACCGCCGUCGAGGAAGUACGGAAGGCUGGAGCGGCAAUGAGCCUAGCAGCCCGGGAGUUCUCGGAGGAGCCGUGCGCGUCAUCUGUCCGCGGGGGGAUGGUCCGCGCGGCGCGGGCGCUGCUGUGCGCCGUGACCCGCCUGCUCAUACUGGCAGACAUGGUCGAUGUGCAUCUACUGCUUAACAAGCUUAAUACUGUGGAAAACGACUUAGACAAGUUGAAAUCGGCCUCCUCCCAGUCCGAGCUACUGGAGUCAGCUCGCCAAUUCGGCCGCUCGGCGUCGGAGCUCGCCGCGCAGGCAGCUAAACGACAGCGCGAGCUAAAGGAGCCGAGAAUGAAGGAUGAGCUCGCCGCCGCCAGGGCCGUGCUGAAGAAGCACUCUACUAUGCUGCUUACUGCUUCUAAGGUAUACGUCCGUCACCCGGAGCUGGCUGCGGCGAAGGCCAACCGCGACUACGUUUUGCGCGCCGUCUGCAGCGCCGUCGACAGCAUCUCCGCCGUCGCCAAGGGACAACCCAUCCCCGUCGUCGGUGGCAACCGUCCCGUGGAAGGUCCGGGCGAACUGGCGCAGGCUCUCGAUGAUUUCGAUGAGCGCAUGGUGAUGGAGCCCCUGGCGUACUCGGAGCUGCGGACGCGGCCCUCGCUGGAGGAACGACUCGAGUCCAUCAUCUCCGGGGCCGCGCUCAUGGCAGACUCCUCGUGCACACGAGACGAGCGCCGCGAGCGUAUAGUGGCGGAGUGUAACGCGGUGCGGCAGGCGCUGCAGGAUCUAUUGCACGAGUACAUGGCCAAUACGGGCAAGCCGGAGCAGUCAGCAGGCUUGGAGCGCGCCAUAGAGAACAUGUGCCGGAAGACCAGGGAUCUGAGGAGGCAGCUCAGGAAGGCCGUCGUCGACCAUGUGUCCGACAGCUUCCUGGAGACCAACGUGCCGCUGCUGGUCCUGAUGGAGGCGGCCCGCAACGGAAAUGAGAAGGAGGUCGAGGAGUACGCCCUGGUCUUCACGGAACACGCCAACAAACUCGUCGAGGUGGCCAACUUAGUGUGCUCGAUGUCGAACAACGAGGACGGCGUGAAGAUGGUCCGCCAUGCUGCAGAGCAUAUCGAGUCGCUCUGUCCACAGGUAAUAAACUCGAGCCGCGUGCUAGCCGCCCGGCCCCGGUCGCGGGUGGCCCAGGAGAAUGCGGCCGCCUUCGCCCGCGCCUGGGAGCUGGCUGUCAAACUCCUCACGGAUGCAGUGGAUGAUAUCACCACCAUCGAUGACUUCCUCGCUGUCAGCGAGAACCACAUCCUGGAGGACGUGAACAAGUGCGUGGUGGCGCUGCAGGAGGGGGACCCCGACUCGCUCGAGAGGACCGCCGGCGCCAUCCGCGGACGGGCCGCCAGAGUAUGUUCGGUGGUGACCCAGGAGAUGGACAACUACGAGCCGUGCAUCUACACCAAGCGGGUGUUGGAGGCUGUCACCGUACUCCGGGACCAAGUGAUGUCAAAAUUCGGCGUACGCGUCGACGCGGCGGUGUCCGCGCUGGGCGGCGGCGCGGGCGCAGCGUUGGACGAGAACGACUUUAUAGAUGCUAGCCGAUUGGUCUACGAUGCUGUCAGGGAGAUCAGGAGGGCUGUUCUCAUGAAUAGGACGAGCGAAGAUUUAGACACCGACACGGAAUUCGAACCCGUUGAAGACAUGACCAUGGAGACAAGGAGCCGAUCGAGCGCACACACCGGUGAACACGGUGUCGAUGAAUAUCCAGAUAUUAGUGGCAUUACUAAUGCUAGGGAAGCGAUGAGGAAAAUGACAGAGGAGGACAAACGCAAGAUUCUACAGCAAGUUGAGCUCUUCCGACGCGAGAAGAUGACCUUCGACAAUGAGGUGGCCAAGUGGGACGACGCCGGGAAUGAUAUCAUCAUGUUGGCCAAGCAUAUGUGCAUGAUCAUGUUGGAGAUGACUGAUUUCACCAGAGGGCGCGGUCCUCUCAAGACUACAAUGGAUGUCAUCAACGCAGCCAAGAAGAUCUCGGAGGCCGGCACCAAAUUGGACAAACUUACCCGGGAGAUUGCUGAACAGUGCCCCGAAUCGUCGACGAAGCAGGACCUGCUCGCGUACCUGCAGCGCAUCGCUCUCUACUGCCACCAGAUUCAGAUCACUAGCAAGGUGAAGGCGGACGUACAGAACAUAUCCGGAGAGCUCAUUGUCAGCGGGAAUAACUCAGAGAUGCAAGCCGAGAACAACAGUGGUAUUAUAGUGUCCGGGUUGGACAGCGCCACCUCCCUGAUCCAAGCAGCCAAGAACUUGAUGAAUGCUGUCGUGUUGACCGUGAAGGCGUCGUACGUGGCCUCCACCAAGUAUACGAGGCAGGGCACCAUUGCUUCACCAAUCGUAGUAUGGCGUAUGAAGGCUCCAGAGAAGAAACCUUUGAUCCGGCCGGAGAAGCCAGAAGAGGUCCGCGCCAAGGUGCGACGCGGGAGUCAGAAGAAGCAGCCCAGCCCUAUACACGCACUCGCCGAGUUUCAGAGCCCGGCUGAGAGUGUUUAGAUAUCACACAUAUAAAAAUCACACUUUUAUUUAUUAUGACAUGACAUAUAUGAAAACAUUAUAUUAUAUUAUAAGAUCAUAUAUAUAUUUAUUAAUAUAGCGAAGAGAUUUACAAACAAACAUACAUACAUUUUACUUAUAAAUGUGAAAGUUUGUGUGUAUGUUUGUCACUCAAUCACGUCAAAACGGCUGAAGGAAUCGGGAUGAAAUUUGGAACAGGGGUAGAUUAUAGUCUGGAAUAACACAUAGGAUACUUUUUAUGGCACAGGAACGCGAGCGAAGCCGUAGAGUACAUAUAUAAACUCAUGCUUUUGGCCAAACACACCACUUUGUCCCAUGGCGGUGUUUAAUUACAUAGGACUCAUAACAUAAUUGGUGAAAAGUGGGUGUUACAUUGUAUUUUCAUUAUAACUUUCGUGAGACAUACUAAAUGAAUUAUUAUGUUAUCGGCUUACUCACGUAACUGUUUGACGAGGAACUCGACUAGUUUCAAGCCGUGUUAGGGGCUCAUAUUCACGAG